AUGUCGGGCAACGAUGCAAGCAAUACAUCUGCUGAAGUCAAACAAUACUUCUUGAUCACAAACGUUACAGCAUUCGAUGAUGAAAACACCAAGUUCGAUCUUCAAGCUGAAGCAUGGAGGCUACCAUAUAGUAUCGACGAUUCCGAUUUGACUUUCGACGGGACACCAUUGAAUAUGUUGUAUGAAGAGAAUCGAUAUAUGGCAGAAGAACAUGUGACCAAUUACUCACAUGAUUACAAAUCACAUGACAGAUCUACAGAACGCGGAAGAAGUCGCCAGAAGGAGUAG